UCCAACAAGAUAUCCUCUAGGAAUUCCUCCACGGAUUCCUCAAGAAAAUCCAUAUGUGCUACAUCUUCCUCUUCUUCUUUGUGGCCCUACGUUCCCUCUACGUUUUACUGUAACUUGGCAUGCCUUAUCUUCAACUUAGUGAUCUUUGAGCACUUCCAAAGUUGUGCUACAGUAUUACGUGUAUUUCAUUCUUGUAUUAUACAUUUCAAUAACAUGCCCCCUUUUUUUCAUUUACAGGUACCUAGCACACGGAUCUUCUGUUUAUGUUACGUCCAGGCUGUUCCGUAUGGGGGUGUCCACCGUUCGGAUGAUUGUGCAGGAAGUGUGCGAUGUACUGUGGCGAACGUUGGUAACAGAAUACAUGCCUGAAGUCAGCGAAAAUGACUGGAAAAAGUACAGUCAAGAAUUCAAUGACGUUUGGAAUUUUCCAAAUUGUUGUGGAUCGAUUGACGGGAAACAUGUGGCAAUACAGUGUCCACCCAAUAGUGGAUCAUUGUUUUACAAUUAUAAGCAAUUCCACUCCAUCAACUUGAUGGGAGUAUGCGAUGCAAGCUAUAAUUUUAUUGCUGUGGACAUCGGUGGCUACGGAGGCAAUAGCGACGGUGGGAUAUUGGCUAGUUCGGAGUUUGGCCGACGGUUGCUGAAUAAUCAGCUGAAUCUUCCCGCUCCAUGUCAAUUGCCAAACUCUAAUGAAAUACUGCCCCAUUUCAUUGUGGGAGAUGCGGCGUAUCCGCUGAAAAAUAACCUUUUCAGGCCGUACCCGGGCUCGAACUUGCCAGCGCAACAAGAAACAUUCAAUAAUCGGUUGUCUAGGGCCAGAAGGACAAUAGAGAAUGCGUUUGGCAUCCUUGUCGCCCGAUGGAGAAUAUUGAAAAACACACUCAUUAUGUUUCCUAGCUCCGCUGAAACUAUUGUCAAGGCAUGCGUUAUUCUCCAUAAUUUCGUGAAGCGUCAUUCAUCCACCGAAUAUUGCCCGGCCGGAUUCGUAGACCGUUUGGAUAAUGCCGGAAACAUAGUGGAACCGGGUGAGUGGCGCACCCUCGUAGAACCAUUGAGCAGUAUUCCCGCUUCGUCAAUUCAAAAAGGCAAUAACGCCGGAAGAUCAGCAAUCCAAAACCGAGAUGUUUUGGCGAAAUACGUAAUGGAACAUCCAAUUUAACAGACAUCCACCGUUCACAUCUUCUUUCGUCUUUGAUCGCUAUCGGCGUCUAAAUGCUCUUUGUCUGAACUUGGAAAUCAAAUGCGUUGCAGCACAUUCUCAUAAGAUGAAGAAAUUUAUUAUUAUAAUUGAAUUCGACUUGUUUUUGACUCUAGCGUAGAAUAGAAAACUAACCUAAUAAAUGCUGAAAUAAAACAUAUACAUAUUUAUAAAUAUAAAAA